AUGCUACUGCUGCCUUGCCUACUACCCAUUUCUGACAACACGCAGUUCGUUCUCGGUGUCACGACUUGUUUUCUGGUGGCAGUAGUGAUUGUUCGGGUUCAUCGUCCUAGAUCGAAGAAUGACCUUCCUCUCCCACCUUCCCCUCCCAAUGGGACACUUAUGGGACACUCACUUCCCUCUCACUAUCCAUUUCUUACUGUAGCAGAAUGGAUUGACGAGUGCGGUCCUGUGAUUACCAUUCGCACAGGAACUGAGAAAGUUGUUAUAAUCGGCCGCUACAAAGCAGCGGUGGACAUCAUGGAGAAGCAGGGCAGAGCGCUGGCUGAUCGUCCUCCCAUGCAUGCUGGACACAUGCUUACCGGCGGAUUGUCCAUCGGUCUUGUACGCGUUGGGGACAGGUUCCGUCGGAUGCGUAGAGCAAUUCAUACGCAUCUCCAGCCUAAGGCAGCCGAGGCGUAUCAGCCUUUGCAGAUGUCAUUUGCGAAGAACACGGUCCUUAACAUUCUCGAUGAUCCAUCCAACUUCCAUAAUCACGUGUUAAGUUAUGCUGGGACAACGAUUUUGAAAGUAGCAUAUGGGAAGAAUACGCACACGUCUGCGACUGACCCCGAAGUCAAAGAGAUUCGUCAGUCUGCGGCCAUGUUUAAUACAGUCAUGCGCCCUGGGGCUUACUGGGUGGACACAAUCCCCUGGCUCAGAAACCUUCCUUGGUACGGCAGAAAAUUAAAAAGGGAUUUCGAAAAUAGCCAGAAAAUAUUCUCUGGUCAGAUGAACCGCUUCAAACAACAAUUACAAAGUAAUGUGGACGCUGGUCCUUCGUUCGGGAGAUAUGUGCUAGAAAAUCAACAACUCCUUGGCUUGUCAGAGUCGGAGGCGCAUUUUCUUCCUGCCAACUUUUUUGCAGCUGGAAUCGAUGCAACUGCUGCGGCAAUAUGCACGGUGCUAAUGGCAGCUGCAUGUUUUCCUGAGGAGCAAGCGAGAGUCCAGGAUGAGCUUGAUGCGGUCGUAGGAAGGCACCGAGCACCGACCUUCGCUGACCAACAAUCCUUCCCUUUCCUGAAUGCCUUCAUCUCGGAGGCUUUCAGAUGGAGACCGGUGACUCCCGAUGGGUUUCCUCAUCGAGCAACUGAAGACGUGAUUUGGGAGAACUAUUGCAUUCCUGCCGGAACUACGGUAGUCGGUAGCAGUUGGGCCAUCUCGCGAGAUUCGGAAGUUUACCCUGAUCCUGACGUGUUCAAGCCUCAGCGUUGGAUGAAUGACCAAGGUGGCUUAAGAGACGAUCUCACGUUUUUUAUCUAUGGGUUUGGUCGGCGCGUAUGCCCUGGUGUACACCUUGCGAACAGAUCAGUGUGGAUCAACUCGGCCCUCCUGUUUUGGGCCUUCCAGCUCACUAUAGAUCCUACGAAGCCGUUGAAUGACAUGAGCUUCAUGAGUAUGGCGAUGUCACGUCUCUCUUGCCCUAUUGUGUUUACACCGAGGGUUCCAGACGUGGAGCUCAGGCGCAUCAUGCAUAGGUAUCCUGAGGUCGACUCUGAAUGA